CUGUGGCGACAUGCUGGAGUACUAGACAAACACCUCAUUCCAGCAGCUACCACUGCCCCCAUUCACUGGGGAGAAUGGAAGGAAAACAACUGACAACAUCCUCAAAUGUAAACUCAAUUUGCCUCCCUACCUCACACAAGAAGCCAGAGAUCUGCUUAAAAAGGCUCAUCCAUUCUUUAGACACAUUAACUGGGAAGAACUUCUGGCUGGAAAGGUGGAGCCCCCCCUUUAAACCUCUGUUGCAAUCUGAAGAGGAUGUAGGUCAGUUUGAUUCCGAGUCUACACAUCAGACACCUGUCGACAGCCCAGAUGAUUCAACUCUCAGUGAAAGUGCCAAUCAGGUCUUUCCGGUUCAUCACUCGCAAGCUCUGCCUUCCAGAAAACACUAGGAGCACAAUGCAGCCAAGUUCUUUGUCACUUUAUGACAAGCAUCACCUUUCCACCAGUUUCCAAUAACAUGUUCUUCAUUGCCAUCUGAGACUUCAUCUGGAUGACUUUUCCCUUCCAUAUUUUUAUUUUUUUAAGAGAUUGAGUCUCCCUAUGUUGGCCAGGUUGGUCUUGAAGUCUCAUCCUCAAGCAAUCCUGCCAUUUCAGCCUCCCAAAGUGCUAGGAUUCCAGGCAUGAGACACCAGGCCUGACCCCCUCCAUAUGCUACCGACAUUCUGUCCGGCUCUCCUCUUCUGAGCCCUCACCAGAGUCGCCCUUAACCAAGAGUCACAGGGAGAAGAUGGCCACCCACAUGCCAAGAGACAGGCCUGGAACAGAGCCUUCCUGCACAGCCUCAGAGGGACGCACCCUGCUGACAUCUUGAUGGUGGACUCAUGGCCUCCAGGACUGUGAGACAGUAACAUUCUGUUGUUGAGGGUGCCCAGUCAGUGGAGAGGCGGAAUGAAAUAAUAAUAGAAAUAUAUGUGAAAUAAUAAUAGAAAUAAAGCACACAAUAAAUGCAAUGGGUUUGAAUCAUCUCCGCAUCAUCCCUUCCCCAUCUCCCGGGCCCAUGGAAGAGUUGUCUUCAAGAAACCUGGUCUCUGGUGCCAAAAAGUUUGGGGACCGCUGGUGUAAAUGUUUCUAAAAAUAGUUAAACAACGUAAGGUUUACCUGCUACAAAUAAUGCAGAUUUAAAUGCUAAUAAAAAUGGGUGCAAAUGAAA